AUGGCAGCUCUAGCUCCAGUCAGCACGCCCACUCGCCAUCCGUUCGGCCUUCUCAAUGAGUCCAAGAUCCGAAGCAUGCAAAGCUUGAAGAACCGGCAAAAUGCAAUCACACCCAAUUCCGCUCCAUGCCUCAAACGACGCGCUGUCUCCCCGGAGGCAGGAUCCGACAGCGAGAACAUCGACCCCAACAUGCUGAAUUCUCUGAACAAACGCAAGCGAUCGGGCUUUGAUGACGAUGUCUCUGCUUCCAAGGCUUGUCAGUUUGGCUUGAACGUGACCACUAUCUCUUCGACCCCACGCCGUCUCGACACUCCCACACCGCGUCUCGACACGUGCAUCAAGCCUUCUCCAAGCGCACCGGCGUCAGCCCCAGUGGCAGCCGCAGGACGGUCCCCAACGCGGAAACGAUCAGGCCUUUUGCAGACCCGAAAACGCUUCAACCCACCUGCCUUCCCUCUGAGCAACCAGUCUCCCGCCUUGUCGAUAUCUGCAGCAUUGAACGGGACCAAGAAAUCCCGACUCCAGUCACAAGCCCGCAAAGCCCAGGCCCAGAACCCGACACAGACCCAGACCCACGCACGGACACUGGAAGACCUGAAGCCGAAGUCAUGGUUCUUCGACAUUUUUGAAGAGACCCAAGAGGUGCAGGAGUACCGCAUGAACGAAUGGACCAUGACACAGAGUGCCACGGGGCUGGACAUCAGUGACGACGAGGGCAAGGCCACGAAAUCCCCCGGCGAGCUGCUCGACAGGGGCAAAGAAAACGUUGAUCCAAAUGAGCCGUCGGCACCCGUGACAAGAUCGAUGGCGGCCGCUGCUGUGGCAAAGGCUGCUUCAGGCAAAUCGAAAGAUGUUGAUGCCAUGAUCGAUGACGAGCGACAACCAUUGGCAGACCUGAACCCGGCGAAAUUCUACGCCGAAGGCCUUGACGCAACAAGUGUGGUGCUUGUUCAUGACGAUGCCGAGCAAGUACAGGAGCAGGAGAAAGAACUCGACCAAGUACAGGAGCAGGAGCAGGAACUCGUCCCCGAACCCGAACCCGAACUAGAGGCUGGUCAGGACUUUGCCUUCUCGGUCCCAGCCCCUGCCUCAACCUCUGCAUCGCUGUCUCUGACAGCCAAGGCCAUCGAAGCUCUCGACGUCCCAUCCAUAGGCGCGAUCCUCAGCUCGGCAUCACCCUUUGGCUCCGGCAGACAAUAUGAGGAUGUUUCUGUCGCCACUGAAGCUGCCGCCAAUAAGGAGGCCGAUGGCGAGAUCGAGAUUGAGAUCUGGGAGAGCCAAAGUGCCAAAGAUGAGAACGAGAGGGCCGAACUUGACGCGGCAAGCCCGUCUUCUGUCGGCGACAACAAUGUCUUUGGGUUGCAGGAACUGUGA